AUGCUGCCGCGGGUCGGUCGCUGCCGCCCGGCUCCGGCCGCCUGGCUCCGGCUGCUGCUGCUGGCGGCGGCGCUGGCGCGGCCGGCGCUGCCCGAGGUGCUGUUCCGCUGCCCGCCCUGCACCGCCGAGCGCCUGGCCGCCUGCGCCCCGGCCGCCGCCUGCCCCGAGCUGGUGCGGGAGCCCGGCUGCGGCUGCUGCCCGGUCUGCGCCCGCCUGGAGAACCAGUCGUGCGGGGUGUACACGCCGCGCUGCGCCGCCGGGCUCCGCUGCUACCCGCACCCCGGCGCCGAGCUGCCGCUGCAGGCGCUAGUGCAGGGCCAGGGCACCUGCGCCCGGAGACGGGACGCCGCCGAGUACGGGGCCAGCGCCGAGCCGGGCGCAGACAAUGGUGAGGACGAGCCUGAAGAAGUCUUUACGGGGAAUUAUGUGGAUGGCACACCCGGGGUGGUGAGUGGAGGUGGUGGGAGAAAGCCCAUGAAGCCUGGCAUGAAGGAGCUUGCGGUCAUGCGAGAGAAAGCGAAUGAACAGCAGAGACAGAUGGGCAAAGCCAUCAAGCACCAUCACAACCAUGAAGAGUUGAAGAAAUUACGGCCAUCAUCCAUGAGGACCCCCUGCCAGCAGGAAUUGGAUCAGGUCUUGGAACGUAUCUCAACCAUGCGUCUGCCAGAUGAGCGUGGCCCGUUGGAGCACCUCUAUUCCCUGCACAUCCCCAACUGUGACAAGCAAGGCUUUUACAAUCUCAAACAGUGCAAGAUGUCUGUGAAUGGUCAGCGAGGAGAGUGCUGGUGUGUGAACCCCAUCACAGGGAAAGUGAUCCAGGGAGCGCCCACCAUCCGCGGAGACCCUGAGUGCCACCUCUUCUACACGGCACAUGAACAGGAGGAGCGGGGAGCACACGCCCUGCGCACGCAAUAG